CAUGGAUUUACAUUUGCCGACUAAAAAUAUCCCUCAUGACUACCUGCCGUUCUGUCCAGUGAAACAUCUUUAUCGGAACUCUGUAGUGCAUAAGUGUUCUUAAAUCAGACAGCAGCACUCCCAUGGCAGGCAGAAGGGUAGUGGUGUUCCCCUCAGCAGCAGAGCUUGGCCCUGUGCUCGCCCGUCUGGUGACAUCUCGGGCUGAGAAGGCCAUCUGCUCCCGUGGCAGGUUCACCCUGGGCCUCUCUGGAGGCAGCCUCGUGUCCAUGCUCAGCAAAGAGCUGCCGCUCCUCCCUGACCUGGACUGCAGCAAGUGGCUGGUUGGUUUCUGUGAUGAGCGACUGGUUUCCUUUGAUGAUCCAGAGAGCACAUAUGGAUUGUACAAGAAUCAGUUGUUUUCUAAGGUUAACAUUCCUGAGAGUGGGAUCUUGGCCAUAGACAGCUCCCUGUCAGUGAACGAGUGUGCUGAGGAUUAUGCCCGCAAACUGAAGGAGGCUUUCCCAGACGACCCCAUUCCUGUGUUUGACUUGUUACUGCUGGGUAUGGGACCUGAUGGACACACCUGCUCCCUCUUCCCAGAUCACCCUCUGCUGGAGGAAACUGAGAAGAUCGUGGCACCCAUCAGUGACUCUCCCAAACCACCACCACAGCGGGUGACUAUGACUUUUCCAGUUGUGAACUCAGCACGCUGUGUGGCUUUUGUAUCCACAGGAGGAAGCAAAGCACCCAUUCUAAAGGAAGUGCUGGAGGGUAGAGAGGGUCCAGCGUUCCCGGCAGCCCGUGUUGUACCGACUAACGGCGAGCUGUUCUGGCUUGUUGAUGACCCCGCAGCUGCUUCUUUGACUAUCCAAGUAGAGAGACUUAGUUCAGGAGCCAAACUGUAGAACAUUCUGUCUGAUAUUCCAAACAAAGGCAAGAAAUCAAGAUGAGUUAACUGAGAGCAGUGCACUACAUUCCUACUUUCACCUGAAGAUGUUGUUCAUGUAGGAGCGAUAGAGAGAUAGAAUAUGAGAUGAAUACAACACAGAGGAAAUACAGUAGUUUUUUUUGUUUGUUUUUUACUAAUAAAUCUGUCUGUGUGUGCAUUUUUCCAUGUGUGGUUCUGAGAAAAUGAUCAUGUAAACAAGAUGUAUUUUGUACAAGUCUUGAACAACCCAAGAUGCUAUGUUUGAUCUGCUUUCUCACCAACUGGAAAAUAAAGACAUAAGUUUUUUGG